AUGGCUUGCAACGAGAACAUAAUAAAGAAUAUGGCGAGCGAGGUGACCAGGAACUGUCAAAGUCAUAAUGUGAUCGUAGAGGAAGACUUCGUCACGUUCUUGAUAGAGCUGCUGCUAUUGAAUCCGAAGUACGGGAAACUAUUCUCGAAGACGAUUAACAGGAACAAUUUGGAGUACUUCGUGAACGAGUGCGUGGCGAUGUUGACAAAAGGCGAAACGUCCAUACACACGCUGAAGAUGCAAUUCGUGAUGCGUACGAGCUACGGCAGACUGGAGGAUCUUGUUGACCAGCAUCUAGACUCUAUAGAGAGCUGCCUCCGACCUUUGGUGACGGAGAUCGUAGAAGAGGAACCAGCUGCGGAUGAAGAGGCGGCCUUCAAGAAGCUCUUCAGAAAGAUAUCGAUAUACAUUAUACUGGCGAGUGGCUUGGGGAACCCCGGUCAAAUUACGACCCUUAAAGAGGGCGUUGCGGCGCUCGAGAGCGUGUUUACGUUGGAGGAUUUGAAAGUGUUCAUCACGCUGCCCACCAAAGACAAGUGGAAGCGGCUCUACGAGCUGAUGGAGAUCGUUUCAGGGGUCAGACUCUUCAACAGGGACUGCAAAAAAGGCGGCGAGGGCAUAACAGACUUGCCCUUCAACCUGGUGGACGCCGGCAAGGCCUGCAUGUCCACACUGUCCAACACGCUGAUGGCGGUCAUGCAGAAGGUCAACUCUCUGACCACCGCCAUCGACGGUAGCGUCGUCAUCCAAGAGGAGACUGGCAAUGUAUGCGUUAACGUGGACCCCCAAUUCCAAAUGGACGAUUAUAACCAGAUAUUUGAGGUGCUAGCCUUCUAUCGGCAGUACGAGAUUUAUACGCGGAAGCUGUUGGGUGACGUCGAAAUGCUCGUACACAGCGCCACGCAGAGCGUGCGCAAAUUGCGCGAGGUCUUGAUGGAGCUUCAUGCGUCCGUGAAGUACAAAGCUGCGGUGCCGGUCCUUACGGUGUUCCCGCUGUUCGCCGACCUGUGG